AUGUGGUAUUUCACAUUUAUUCUCGCAAUAAUUCCUACCAUUUACUCUCACAAUGAUUAUGUCCUUUUGGUGAGGGUACCAGACGGAGUGUCUGAUGGAAUGCUCGUCAAUUCAUAUCAAGAAAAGGAAGUUUUUACAAAACGAGCAAUACCAUUUAAUGGUGGAAUGUAUGGAAAGCGAGCGGCUAUUCCCUUUUCAGGAGGCAUGUAUGGAAAAAGAUCAGAUCCUUUAUUUAUUCAACAACGUUCGGUUAUUCCGUUUUCUGGAGGAAUGUAUGGAAAACGUUCACUUUCGUCGUUGAAUGGUUAUGCGCAGAAUGAGAAUCAGAUAAAGCGAGGAGCAAUGCCAUUUUCCGGAGGAAUGUAUGGAAAACGGAAAUGA